CAGAAUAGUUUGGUUUCACUUGAAGAAACAUUUUUUGUAGUACAUCAUGGAUCAAUGAUCAUCGCGUGGACAACAAUCAUUUUCCUUUUUAUAGACAACUUGGAAGCGUGAAAUAUAAAAGUUUACGUUUAUUUGAACAGGUUGAAAUCCCGUCUUUGAGAUUUACUCAACGCUUAAAGGUCAUAGGUUUUACAAGAAAGCAUCUGCCUUUGAAGUAAAACAUGUCGUACAUCCAUUACAGGCCAUAUGAAUUUAAUAUUGUUUCUUCAUCAUUUCAACGAUGGACUUGCAGGUGUAUCAAUUGUUUUGAAACAGUGCAGGCGAUAAAUUCAAAAGAAGUUUGGAGUAAAGCCAAAAGAUUUAAAAGAAAUAUUGAGCGGUAAUUUGUAAACAACAUUUUAUUCCGAAAGGAAAAACGAAUAAUUGAAAUGAAAUAGACUUCAUAAUGAUAAAGGUUGAUUAGUAUUUAAAGGAUUUGUUUGUCUUUAAAGAGCAGUGUAAUCUUCAAAUAAUUGAUGUAGCUAUUCACUUAAAUGGACGUCUAAAUUAAUCAAAAUCCUUUUACAUCACAAUGGCCCAAAAACUUGAAAUGAUGGAGAAUUCGUACGACAAACCAACCAUUAUUUAUACAAAUAUCUCCAGUCAGGUCUUUGAACUUCUGCAUUAUGAAAUUAUUUUCACGUUAGAAGAACGACGGAAAGGUGCUGUCAUCAUUCAUUUCCUCAUCUGCUUUUUUACGUUCGCUGCGCUUUCCAUUUUAUGCGAUGAUUACUUCUGUGCAUCCUUGAACAAGAUUUGUAAAAGGUUGAAUAUCCAUCCUGAUGUGGCUGGGGCAACUUUUAUGGCAGCUGGAAGUUCACUGCCCACAAUGUUCAUAUCGGUGACGUCAGUUGUUUUGGACGAGGGCGACAUUGGCCUUGGUACUAUAAUUGGGUCGACCAUGUUCAACAUCUUAUUUAUCACUGGCAUAUGUGGUGUGGUGACUACAGUUCCAGUUAAUUUAAAACCAUACUCUGUCAUCCGGGAUUCUUUUUGUUACGUCAUAUAUCUGGUGUUAUUGUUAGCCAUGUUCGACGGAAUGAUAUACUGGUAUGAAGCUUUAGUUUUGACCCUUAUGUAUGGUUUCUACGUUGUUAUAAUGUAUUUCAAUACAGCGUUAGAACAUAGUUUCAAUCGUUGGGCAAGAGCCCGUUUUGCACAAACGCAACCGCUUACUCCUUCUCGAUCUCCUGUAAAGUCAUAUCCUAAGUCCCCACAAAAGACACUUGUGAGGUCUCCAGUUAAGAGGACAUCAAGUUCACCAAUAAAAGGAUUAAAAGCUUCAGGCCAAGGAGAUUUUGAUGUACCAGAAAAUCAAUCGGCGUUAAAUUUGCUGGUAGGGACAGCAUUGUCUGACAAACAUUCUCAACCAAAAAAACCCAAUAAGCCAAUGAUCUUCAAAAACGCGGAAACCCCGGUGAGCGCCAAUGACCAAAGCACACCUACUUCAAAAGUAGAGGAAACAUUCAUGGUUACGGAAGAAUAUGAAGAUCAAAUAAGCGAGGUGCACUCAGUGUUCUCUGACACUGCCGAGGCCCUUCCCCGUACGAAAUACGACGAAGAGCCAAAUGACGUACUAUCGUUUCCACCUGGAGUAGGAAAAUGGGGAAAACUUCGUUUGACAAUUAUGUUCCCAAUUCGUGUGCUAUACUUCAUCACAAUACCAGACUGCCGAAAAGCAUCAUGGGAGAGUUGGUACAUACUGACAUUCAUUAUGUCCAUCACGUGGAUGGGCAUGCACUCUUACGUGCUUGUAUGGGCGGUGAGCGUUAUUGGCGUGACAAUAAAUAUCCCAGAAUGCAUCAUGGGACUAACGUUACUAGCUGCAGGCAGCAGUAUUCCAGAUGCCAUUGCAAGUUUAGUCAUGGCAGAGCAGGGCAUAGGGGAAAUGGCACUAGCAAAUGCAAUAGGUAGUAACAUAUUCGACAUGUUAUGCCUUAGCAUUCCAUGGUUGCUUUCAACAACCACUGUCCAUCAGAAUUCUCAAGUGUUGAUCCAGGGGGGAAACAUAUUAUAUGUAUCGAUGACUUUGUUUGGAACAGUCGCUGUGACAUUGUUAAUAUUGUAUUUUAAUAAAUGGCGACUGGAUAAAAAGUUGGGCAUAGCCAUGUUGACAGCAUAUGUCUUUUUCCUUGCUGUGGCUGUCAUAAUAGAGUCGUUCCCAAGCCGCAAGAUUACUCAUCCACAUCAUAGACACGACCUGCCUCACAAGGGAUUAGGAACUUCAGCAUCCCACCGCCUGAAGAAUAAAAUUAAAGCAACUGGCUUUACUUGGAGUUAGCCUAAAGCAAGUGGCGUAGCCAGCCUGCAAAUUUGGUCCUGCUAUGUUAAUUUUUC